AUGGAGCAACCAGACGUGUCUCUUAGUCUUAAGCAGAAGCGACAAACAUCCCUGCAAGAGGCAUUUCCAGUCAAGAAACCUAGGAGACAGGAGAAGGCAAGCGGUCCAGCUGACAAACAGGGGUUUUAUCAGGUUCAGGCCGAACGAUUACCGCCUGGUAAUGAGGGAGCUGCGACUUCUCCUGCAAAAUCGACUAGGAUUCCCACUGACAUUGCAGAUACAUUUUACAGGCCUUCACAUGCAAAUGCUGGAGCUAUAUCCUCAAUAGCUCUUGACGUUCGAGCCAGCGGACCAGAUCGAACUGCUGCAGUUGGCAUUCGAGAUCCUCAAGGCAAUAAUCUUCAAGCAGAUUUUCCAGCGGAUGCUUGUACGCUUGAAGGCGGAGCUGAAGUUAGCAGCAAUGGGACCACUGAGACAGUCCCUGUACAGCAUGAUUAUUCACGGCUUAUCAGGAAGGAGAGCUCAUCGCCAGAGGUUCUCUCAAUGAACAGGGCAUGUGGGACUGCACCGGAAGAGGGACAUAAUGAGACGACAAGGGAGGCGUUUAUUUCUUCCCAAGAUGGUGCAGCUAUUGUCAAGACCGAAGCUGACGUUCCAGCAGGCAGUACAUUCACCAAGCCUGCUUCUGAACAAAACUGUCAAGUUGAUGUCAGUGAAAGCAGGGAUGCACAAGAUCAGCGUUAUGUUACUCCAAAAGGCGAGCCAAGCGCAGGGAUUGCUAAUGGAAACGCUGGCAAGGCUGGCAGCACAGCUUCAGGAAGCCGACCAUGGAGCAUCAAGAACCACUCUCCGGGGGAUUCGUUUUGGGAAAAAGCAUUUGCAAUGGUGGAAGCCGAAGCAGGAAUCAAUGAUGUUAAGGAAGGUCCAGGAAUGGCUCCUUCUAUUGCUGCUGCUGUUUCUGGUUUAGAUGUUCCGAGAGAAGGAUGUGUUGGAAGGGACGAACCAGUAGCGAAUGACAAGGGCAGUGCAAGCUGCGGAACGAGAACAAGGGGAGUCUUGGGUGGUUUUGGGAGCCCAAGGUUCCGCCAACGAACGGAAGCCAUACCACCAGCAUCAAGGCCUCUGUCUCCGGGAUCUCUGGAUCCUCUUCCAGUUCGGUACCUGGACUUCAGUGCGGAAAAACCUCCCCGUCCGCUGCCUAAGGGUGCAGCCGCAGCUCGUUCAGAAGGAGAAAAGAGCCUCAAAGUGGCGAAGAAACUGGAGCCAGAUAUUGCCCUGCAAGAAGAUAAAGGGAAAGCAUUGAUGGAGCAGCCAGUAGGGAAAGAGCUGCUAAAGGGAUCUGGCUCCCCCGGUUCUUCUGCGGCUACAGCUGACCUGCAACUCUCGGCAUGGCUCCCUUCCCCAGCAUGCAAGGCAUAUGCUCGCAAAGGAGUUACCAAAAUGUAUCCGUGGCAGGUGGAGUGCUUGUCAAAAGAACGUGUGCUUCAUGGGCAGAAUCUGGUCUACAGCGCAUCGACAAGUGCUGGGAAGAGUCUUGUUGCAGAGGUGUUGCUGGUGAGAAGGCUAAUCGCGACUGGAAGGAAGGCAUUGCUGGUGUUGCCAUAUGUCUCCAUAUGUGCUGAAAAGGCAGAACAUAUGGAGGCGGUGUUGGAACCUUUGGGCUAUCGGGUGCGCAAUUUCUUUGGUGCACAGGGAGGAUCAAUGCUCCCUCCGGAUACCAAUCUGGCUGUGUGCACUAUUGAGAAGGCCAAUGCUCUUGUGAACCGGCUGCUGGAGGAAGGGCGAUUGGGAGAGGUGGCAAUGGUGGUGGUCGACGAGCUUCAUAUGGUUGGAGAUCCUGCAAGGGGUUAUCUUCUUGAGCUGCUCCUGACCAAGCUGCGGUAUGCUGCAGGCCUGGGCUCUUCAUCCGCUGGCAAGAGCUCCCCUCCUGAUGGUGCUAAAGGGGGUGGGACCAAGCCUCUUGCAGCUGAUGCUGCUGGUGCUUCAAGACCAGCCAAAGGUGGUGAUCGAGGAAGCCCCUCUACAGGAGCUGGCUGGGGAAGUAGUGGCAAGACGGAGGGAGAAGGGUUGCAGAUUGUGGGGAUGAGUGCAACGAUGCGAAACACUUUUGCCAUUGCAAAGUGGCUGAACGCUGUGCUCUAUGAGACUGACUUCCGGCCAGUUCCCCUGCAAGAGUUUAUCAAAGUUGGGAACACGAUCUACGACACCUUCAUGAACCCCUUUCGCAUCGUGCCGCCGAACCCAGAUGACAAAGAUAACCUAGUCUUUCUGUGUAAUGAGGUUCUGAGUGAGGGUCACUCGGUGCUGAUAUUCUGCUCAGGUCGCUCCCACUGCCAAAAGACAGCACUCCAUGUUGCUAAGCUCCUGCCUCCUUUCAGACCUGUUAACCGCGGAUCUGAACCAGACGACACGAUCUCCACUCCAGAGGAUGUUUUGGAAGCCCUGAAGCGCAUUCCUUCUGGUCUUGACCCGGUUCUUGCUCAGUCCAUCCCUGCCGGCGUGGCUUAUCACCAUGCUGGGCUGACGACGGAGGAGAGGGAAAUCAUUGAGCACAGCUACCGUCGCGGUAUUGUGAGAGUGCUCACUGCAACGUCUACACUAGCAGCAGGUGUUAACCUGCCAGCACGCCGUGUGAUACUGAGGGAGCCAAAGAUGGGUAUGGAUCACCUGGACGCCACACACUAUCGCCAAAUGACGGGCCGAGCUGGGAGAGCAGGCAUUGAUGACAAAGGAGAAAGUGUCCUCAUUUGCCACCCAAAGGAGGUAUCGUGGGUGAAGGAGAUGAUUCAGCAGGGUUGCCAGCCCCUGGCUUCAUGUCUGUCAGAGGCUUACAAGUGCAUGUCGCGUGCACUGCUGGAGGUAGUGGCGGCAGGCAUUGUGCAGACAAGCGUGGACGUUGGCCGAUACGUCUCCUGCACGCUUCUCAGCACUCUGAAGUCGUUUGAUGAGGUCAGUGCCUCAGCUAAGGCAUCCUUGAACCAGCUCCGAUCCUCAUCUAUGAUCGAAUGGAACUAUGAAACACAGACCUGGUCACCUACCCCACUGGGCCAGGCAGCCUUUUGCAGCGCUAUGACUCCUGAAGAGUCUCAGCUGGUCUUCAAGGACUUGGACCGUACUCGAUGCUGGGGAUGCCUUCUCGCCACUGACCUGCACCACUGUUACCAGGUGACCCCAAUUGCCACGAUCAUUGACCCUGACUGGAAGGUCUUCUACCAGGAGUUUCUUCGGCUCUCAGAGAUCGACCAAAGGGUUGCCAAAAACGUGGGGGUGACAGAGGCAUUUCUUGCCAGCAAGGCGCAUGGCAGUGCCCGCACCUAUAUGGGGCGCUGCAGUCGCAAGGGAAAGAAUGAAGUAGCAGACUCGCCAAAGGGCAGUGUGCCGAUCAAUAGUGUUUCAGAAACCGAGCGCGUCUGCAGGCGGUUCUUCUCAGCCCUCGUGCUGUCCCAGAUUGUACAGGAGGCGCCUAUUGGAGAAGUGUGUGACAGGUUUGGUGUGAACAGAGGGCAGGUUCAGCAGCUGCAGGAUAAUGCGGGCCGUUUUGCCUCCAUGGUCACCUCAUUCUGCGAGCGCCUGAAGUAUGCGGACAUGCAAGCUCUGCUCUCCAACUUCCAGCAUCGCGUGUACUUUGGUGUGCGCUCCGAGAUUGUGGAGCUCACAGAAAUUCCCUUCGUAAAGGCUGCACGUGCACGUGCCCUGUACAAGGCAGGUCUGCGGACCACAGAGGCUGUGGCAGAGGCCUCUGCUGCUGAGAUCGCAAAAGCUCUCUCUGAUUUCUCAUGGGGAGGCAAGGCUGCAACAGCGCGUGCUCAAGCAAUGAUUGCAGGGAAGAUUCGCAGGGGCGCUCGGAAGGUGCUGUUGGAGAAGGCAGAGGAGGAGCGGAUACAGAUGUUUACAAAGAUGCGAUCGCUGGGGAUGAAGAUUCCAGCGGGACUGGAUAAGGCUCUGCAUACCUUCGUUUCCCUGGAUGAUUCAUCCGCACCAGCAGCUGCAGCACCUGAAACAGCACAAACAGCAGAUGCACUGCAAAGCAGGGGUGGACAAGAGGCAGUGGGUGGUGGUGGUGGUGGUGGUGGUGAUGGUGGUGGUGGCGAUGGUGCUGUUGCUGGUGGGGCUGCUGCUCCUGUGAACCGUGGUGAUGAUAACGACCCAGCAGCAGGUAUGGAGGAGUCGCCAGAUGAGACCAUGGAUGACAUUGAAUUCGCUGUGGAUGUGCUCACACAAGAAGAAGCUGCUGAAGACAGGGAUCAAGUUCAGUCUGGAGAGGCGGAUGCUCCUCCUGCUCCAGCUGUUCUGGCUGCUCCUUCUGCUCCUCCUCCUCCUCCUCCUCCACCUCCUGCUGCUGCUGCUGCUGCUGCUGCUGCUGCUGCUGCUGCUGCUGCUGCUGCUGCUGCUGCUUCUGCUACUGCUUCUGGUGCUGGUGCUGGUGCCAAUGUUGGCGGUUUACCUGUUACGCCAGUUGCUGCUUCUGCUGGUGCUGCUAGUGGAGUUGCAGCCAAGUCGGGGCACGUUUUUUCACCAGGAGCUGACCCAUGGGGAACAAGCCUAACAGCAACACAGCUCGUUCGCACAGUGGACAAUGCUGUAGCCUGUGCCUUAGCUGGUCAAUGGGAGGCUCCCUGCAUGGCCAAUGCUACAGGAGCAGCUGCAGCUGCUGCCAGUAUCGGACUGAUUGGCACCACUGCAACAACUGCAGCGGUGGGCAAUCGUCCACCUACUGGUGUAACACGAGAAGCAGCACCUCCAAUGCCUGCUCCUGUGGCUGCCCAAGCGCACACCCGAAUGUUCUCUGGGGAUUCUGCUGGAAGAGCGGGAGGUUUUGGCGCUGGAACAUUGGUGCCUUGUAGCCGUGGCUCUUACGGCCAAACUACAGGCCCAUCCUCAAAUAAUGUGGCAUUAGCCCAUCCUCAACCCACUUCCCACCAACAUCAUCACCAUCAUGACCAGCAGCAACAACAGCAGCAGCAGCAGCAGCAGCAGCAGCAGCAGCAGCAGCAGCAGCAGCAGCAGCAGCAGCAGCAGCAGCAGCAGCAGCAGCAGCAGCAGCAGCAGCAGCAGCAGCAGCAUCAAUGGAACCGUCAACCUUCCUCGCAUCCUCUCCAGAGUAAUCAUCCUCAAAAGACCUCACACACUCAGCAUCUUGCUCCGUCCACUGGCGCUUGCAUGCCGAGAGAUGGUCCUGUUGACGUUCACUCACUUCCCGGUGGCGUAUCCCAGUUCAUACGCCAGUGGGAGGAGCAGAGCGAGUACUGUGUAGACCUGCACACAGCUGGGGAUUACAAGGAUGGAUAUGGACUGAGGCCAGUGGAGCUCGAAGGGGUUUCGGUGUGUUGGAAAGGCUCCCCUGUCUUCUACCUGGCGCUGGUGGUGCUUCCCAAGAUUAAUCAGCAAAAAAGGGACUCCAGAGGGGCAACAAGAGUAGAAACUGAUGAGCUUUUGAGACAAGGAAAGGGGGUACAAGGUGCUGGAGCUGGGGAAGCAGAGGAGGAUAGGGUGGUAUGGUGGCGAUCAGUGGUUGAUCGGUGGAACCAGGUUCGCCAGAUGCUGUCACAGCAGGGCCAGAAGAAGGUCUUCUGGGAUGCGAAGGUAGCUCUGAUGGUGCUCUCAUGCCCAGCCAUACGCUGCCCUCCGGAGCUCCUCCCCCUCGAGUUUACGGCUUCCGGCCAAGGAGUGCCGGGGCAGGGUGGGGUGAAUGAGUUGGCAAAUGAUUCAGGGGUGCAGAAGCAAGGGGGAUUGCAUGGCAGCUGGGGAGAUGGGCAGCUUCGGCUGGAUCAGAUGCAGCAGCAAGGAGGAAAGAGCUGGUUGCAGUCGAAAGCACGAGGAGCAGGGGCUGGGGGUGGGAUAGUGCAGGGAGAAGUGAGGCAAGGAUGGGUACUGCAGCCGCUCCCAGCAGCAUAUGUUGCAGGCCCGAUUCUUGACAUGCGUCUGCUGGCAUGGGCUCUUGAUCCGGAUGGCGAGAGCAAUAAGGAGAAGACCAUUGAAGAGGCAGUGGCCAGCACACUCCCUGCAGAAGCAGCAGCCAGGGCACAGCGAGCAGGCAGGUGGCAGGCGCAGCUGGGGCGGGCAGCACGGGAUGGCUGCUGCAGGAGAGCAGCGCAAGUGCGGGAGCUCAGUGAUGUGCUGUGGAGGCGCCUCUUCUCCCAGUGCUUGGAGGAGCCUCUCAUGCAAAACGAGAUGCCACUGGUCCCUGUAGUCGCAUCUAUGGAGCUCCUGGGCGUGGGAGUGGACAUGCGCCAGUGCAUGCUCCUGAGGCGAGUCCUGCGGGCCAAGGUGACUGCUCUGGAGGAAGCGGCGCAUGAGAUGGUGGGGCGCCCCUUCAUGCUCUCCAACCCCAGCGAGCUCGCCAUUAUACUCUUCAAGACCCUCGCUCUUCCAGUUCCCCCAACCUUUGUUGCCAAAGGGCCCAAGUCCCAGCCCGGCCCAACCGACAAGGCAGCCCUGGAGUUCCUAAAGCCAAAGCACCCAAUAGCAGCCGUGAUUCAAGACUAUCGGUGCAUAGCCAAGCUCUGUGCCACCAUGAACACCCUGUUGCACCGAGUGAAAGACCAGCACGGUCUUUCAAGGGAACUUCUCAACGACUUGGAAAUGCAGGCUUGUGGAGCGGACCAGAGCAACAGGGCAGAAAUAGAGGGAGGAGCUGGUGACGUGGAAAUGGGAGGGAAGCAAGGCAAGGGGCGGACAUGCUACACCGUGCACGGUCGGUGGCUGCAGACGUCAACAGCAACUGGUCGCCUUUCCAUGGAAGAACCAAACCUGCAGUGCAUGGAGAAGCCGACAAGCUUCAUUCUAGACGAGGAUCUUCUUCCUGACUCUCUCAAGUCGGCACUUCUUAAAACGAAUGGGGGUGCUGCAAACAAGGGUGCGAAGCAAGAUGAAGAGGAGGAGAAUGGGGGAAAUGAGGGGAGUGAGAAGAGGUGGUGUGAGGCAGUAGUAGUGGGGCUGGUGGAGGGUGGCAGCAGCAGUGGGGCAAAGCGGCAAGUGCGCUUGGAGAUCAACCCACGUGCAGUGGUCGUCCCAUCACAGCCAUCUCGGCUCCUCCUCGUGGCAGAUUAUUCUCAGAUUGAGGUCCGCCUGAUGGCUCAUUUCUCCAAGGAUCCAGCCCUCAUCUCCCUCCUCUCCCGCCCCUCUGGAGACCUCUUCCGCACCAUGGCUGCCUGCUGGUCCGGCACUCCCGAGCCUCGAGUCACCAGUGCGGAGCGGGACCGAACCAAGCGCCUGUGCUACGGGCUACUGUAUGGCAUGGGGAACAGUGCGUUGGGUCACCAGCUUGGAUGCAGUGUGGAAGAAGCUAGCAAGUACAGGAAGAGGUUCUUGCAGUCGUUCCCAGAUGUGGAUAAAUGGCUGGACAGGGCUGUGAAGGAAUGCAGGAGUAAAGGGUAUAUUCAGACGCUAUGUGGGCGGAGGCGUUUCUUGGAGAAUAUCAACAAUAGGAGUAGUGCAGACAAGGCCAAGGCACAACGCCAGGCUGUCAACUCCAUCUGCCAGGGAUCGGCAGCAGACCUCAUUAAACUGGCCAUGGUCCGCCUUCAGGCAGCUAUAGCCCCACCUGCUCACACCCAGCCAGCAGCAUCAGCACCACCACCAGAUACAGCAGCACCGGCAGUUGAUCUUGCAGCUCCACAAGCCGCAGCUACAGCAGCUAUCACAACAGCACAGGGUCAACAAGCAUCCACCAGUGUGCUAGCGGUGGCUGUGCUUCCACAAUCAUCAUCCUCGAUUCUCACCCCUCAGCAGCAGUUCUCUCAUGUUCAGUGCCCCUCCGUUCUCCCUCCUGCUGCUGGGGCAUCAUCCCUUGCAGGCCACUGCAGGCUGGUUUUGCAGAUCCAUGAUGAGUUGGUGCUUGAGGUGGAGCGACCCUACCUGCAGCCUGCAAGGGAGCUGCUACAGGCGUGCAUGGAGAAUGCCAUGACUCUCGCAGGUAUUGUAAACUGUGAGCUGUAA